AUGGCCAGCAACGCACGUCUAGCUCAAGUGACCCGACACCUUUCGCCAGCUACAAACAGCACAGCAGCAGCACGUUCAGUUUCAACCAAGGUUGCAAAACCACCCGCAUUCCGUAGCCGUGCCGAGUACAAGCAUUUCUUGCCGAUUCAGUCAAGAUGGAGUGACAAUGACCAAUAUGGCCAUAUCAACAACUCGAUAUACUAUUUCUACAUUGAUACGGUUGUCAACGAAUACUUGAUAAGACACUGUGGAUUGGAUCCCUUGGAUACGACCAAGACUAAGCCAAUUGGAUUGGUGAUUGCCUCGUCUGCCAACUUUUAUGCACCCGCAUCUUAUCCAAAUCUCUUGCAAGCAGGAUUAUGCAUCACCAAAAUCGGCCGUUCCAGUGUCACUUACCGUGUCGGUAUCUUUGAGGGCGAUGAGGAACAAGCGUGCGUGGUUGGUGGCUUUACCCAUGUCUUUGUCGAUCCCAUCCAUCGUAGACCUGUAAAGGCAUUGCCUGAUAAUUUCAAGGCUGGUUUAGAUGCAAUUUAUGUGGCAGAACAAUAA